CUUAUUGUAAUAGGUGCUUGAUAGCGAAUGCUCUGUAAUUAUCAUAACGUGAUAUCUGACACUCUUCGGGUCAUCCUUCCGCCAUAUUCCGUUCUGUUGCUAAAGUCGAGCGAAAACCGGUAUUGAGGCCUUCUUUAAACCAACUUUGUCUACCUCCUUGCUCGGCUAACGCCAGCCAAGGCAGGAGUAGCACCGCAAUAUCGAGUGGAAACAAGCCAGCGCUGAGGGAAGAGAUCACUCUGCAAGCCUGAAUGGGAUGUCCGCUUCAUUGCAAGCUGCAUUUACACUUUCUGGAAUAUAUCGUUUUGGAAACGUCUGAUUAUUUUGGAAGACGUGUCUGUGGGAGUGUUCUUUGUAUUUGGGACUUUUUCACUGAGAAGACUCAGAAGAGUCCCUGUAGUUUUGCUAAGAGGGAGAGAGAGGAAGCAGAAUUGAUCAGAUAAAUCACAGUGCAAACACACCUUUUCUUGAUAAUCAAGAAGCUUGACUGAGGAGAGGAGGAAUACAUGUAGAACUGAAUUGAAAUUUGUUGUAUUCACAAAACAUUUCUUCAUCAACUGCAAGGAUAGCACAUACUACAGAGUGAACUUGAAGCACAUUGCCAGCUGUGAGAUUGCAAAGUGAUUGGUUCUGCUAUAGGACUUAUCUGUCCAAUAUCUUCAUCCGAGUUCAAAAGUUUCUACAAGGAGGAAUAUUUUUCAUCUUGAGACUAGGUUCUCAGAACUUUCAACUUUAAAUAGUAGUAGAGAAGUUUUGCUUACAUCACUGACACUGAAAUGGCUGAGCCAUUAGAGGAACUGGACAGCUUGGUGCAUGUGAACCCCAGUGAAGCGUUCCCUAAGCGCCCCCUCCACAAGGAUAACCCUUCCUUGGAAUGCCCCUUCCCAGAGCUGUGUGGAGAGGGGGUAGAGUUCAUAGGAGAAGCAUCGGACGGUGCUGUCAUUGUGCUCUCAAACUACAGGCUUCACAUCUGCUAUGCUAAAUCAUUCGUCAAUGUACCAGUUGGUUUGAUUGAGAAUGCUGAAUGCAGAGAUCAGGAGUGCCUUGUUGUCACCUGCAAGGAUGGAAAAUUGAUCAGAUGCCAAUUUGAUACCAGUGACCAGUGUCAGGAGUGGCUCUACCGUGUCCAGAAGACGCUUGAGAGACCUUCAAAGCUAGAUGACAUCUUUGCCUUCUCCUUUCAUGCUUGGUGUUUUGAUCAUAUACAGGAACAUCGUGAGCCUGAUGGCUUUGAACCUGGCGUCUGCUUUUUAGAAGGAUCUAGUAAAGUAACACACUGUAAAUUCGGAACAGAAAUCGAUCGGCAAGGCUUUGAUUUGAAGAAAGCAUGGAGGAUAUUUGACAACUCAGAUUUCAAGUACUGCACAACCUACCCUACUCAGCACAUUGUACCAAAAGAGAUUGAAGAUGAUGCCAUGAAGAAGUCGAUCAACUUCAGAACUUCAAAGAGAUUUCCAUCAGUUGUUUGGAGACACAAGGGCAAUGGGGCAGUGAUCGCUCGUUGCAGUCAACCUGCCGUUGGUUGGCUUGGUUGGAGGAGUGAGGAAGAUGAAAGGUUCAUGUCGGCCAUCUUGGAUGCGUGUGCCAUGGAUGACCCAAGGAAGAACAAGAAGAGUUGCCAUAGCAACGGCUAUGUCAAAUCAGAGCAGUACAGGGUCACAGAUGAUCAAGAUGAGACGAGGAGAGGAGAGUAUGAACAUAGCAACCAAUCCAAGACGAUUCUGAUCAUAGAUGCCAGGUCCUAUGCAGCAGCCUUUGCAAACAGGGCAAAGGGAGGGGGCUGUGAAUACCCAGAGUACUACACCUGUUGUGACAUAGAGUUCAUGGGUCUGGCCAACAUACACUCCGUCAGGAAGAGUUUCAACACUGUUCAUGCACUCUGUAGCAACAAUAGCCUGGAUCAAACCACGUGGUUAUCCAACCUUGAGGCGACCAAAUGGCUUCAGAACCUGUCCAUGCUUCUCAAGGCAGCCAUCAAGGUGGUCACUGCCGUUGAUCAGGAAGCACGACCUGUUAUCGUCCAUUGCUCAGAUGGUUGGGAUAGGACGCCUCAGAUUGUAGCCCUGGCAGAGAUCAUGCUUGACCCUUACUACAGGACCAUGCAGGGUUUCCAAGCUCUUGUUGAGCGGGAGUGGCUUGACUUUGGUCACAAGUUUGCUGAUCGAUGCGGUCAUCGUCCAGGUCAAGACGAUGCCAAUGAGAGAUGUCCAGUGUUCCUCCAGUGGCUUGACUGUAUUCAUCAGCUUCUGAGGCAGUAUCCUACAGCGUUUGAAUUCAACGAGACAUUCCUGGUGAAACUUGUUCAGCACACCUACUCUUGCCUGUUUGGGACAUUUCUGUGUAACAGUCUCAAAGCUAGACUCAAGAACUCAAUCAAGGAGCGGACCUGCUCAGUCUGGUCUCUCAUCGUCGUAGAGGGUAACAAGUACAGGAACUUCCUCUAUGAUCCAAAGACAUACAAGGUAUUGUACCCAACAUGUAACAUCAGGGAACUUGACCUGUGGAUUGCAGUAUACCUGUCAGAGACAUCUCACAGUAUCUGUGAGGAUUCAGGUCCUGCCCCUGUGCAGCAAGCAUCCCAGUCAGGUGUCAACCCUGCAGAAAGCCCCAAGCUCUCAAGAACUCGGUCUUUUGACAACAUUCACAAGUCAGUGAGCGAGGAGGAGCCAAGUCGUGGUAACAUAGGAGGUGACACGCAGGGGUUGACAAGGACUUCAAGUGAUCCUAACCUGAGUGAUCUCAAGAUGGAGUCCACGCUGGGGACAUCCCCUAAGACUCGCAUGAUCCCACCGCUGCCACUGGAUCAGAGGGAAGAUCAGGAUCCCAAGGACGAUCAGGAUGAACCAAUCACAAAUGGACAUACUGAGGAAGAUGGAAGUGAAAAUGAAGAGGAAGAGGAAGGGCUCUCAAAUGGCUAUGAAGCAGAAGAAGAGAGUAGUGGCUCAGAAGCGCCACUGACUAACGGUGUUGAUGGUUCCUCAGAAGAAUGUGAACGGCAACAGACAAAUGAGGGUGAGGUGCAGAUCUCCAAUGGUCAUGAUGUCAGGUUGAGUAAUGGCUUGACUAAUGGUCAUACCGAUGAGAACUUUGAAAAAGAGUGUCCGGAAGGUAGUCCUAUGUGCUCAACUCCCAGAAAGUCAGCGAGAUCGAAGCACAUUUUGGAUGUGCACAUGGAGAGUUCAACAGAAACUGUCACAGAAGACCCAUCUCCUGCACAUUUAAAAGAUGGUGAUCCCAAGGUUCUGAUGGGUCCAGGGGAUUGCAAUGGAUUUGAUAAUUCUCCUGUUGAAUCAAAUGGUGAAAGCACUCCCAAUGGAGAAAUGUUAAAUGGACAUGCAGCAAUGUUGAAAGGAUUGCUGUUUCAAAGCUCUAGUAUCAGUACUAGCACUAGUGACAUUAGUAAUUCUCACGUUGGGUACCCGGUUAAGAAAUCUCCAAGUGUACCUCUCCCGACUGAACAUCACAUUCCAUACUUGCCAUCAUCGGAUGAUGGGGACAUUACACCUCUAGCGAAACAUCUUAGCAAAUUAUCCUCAGGGGGUAGCCUUUCUAAUGGACAUAGCAAUCACAUCUCCCAGUCAGCUGCUGUGGGGUCAGAGCCAUCUUUCUCUACAUGCUUGAGUAGGACAUCCAGCUGCAGCAAUAGCAACGGCUUGGAUGCAAUGGGUGGUGAUGCCUUAGGGGAUUCCCAGAGGCAGUUGAAGCUUGGUCGUCACCUGGACAUGGAUGGACUGACGUGCAUCAAGGAUCCCAGGCAGCGUAGGAUGCUAGGAAUCCUGCAGGAGCAGCAGAGCAAGAUGGAGGCCAUGAGACAGAGGGAGCAGAUCUUACUGGCUAUCAUUGAAAGAUUGCGGGUCGCCAAUGAAGAAUGCAGUCCUGCCCUGGCUUGUGCAUUAGACGAGUUAGAGAACUGUAAUCUCCUGAACCCUGAAGAUGAAGAGCGGUCCCAUUCACGCUGUAACUCCAUCAGAUCAGAUGUAUCCUGGGAGCAGAUAGAUGAGGGUGAUACCAGUCGAACUCUCUGGAUCCCAGAUCAUGCUGUCAGUCACUGCUCAUUGUGCAAUAGCAGAUUCAAUCUAGUCGUCAGAAAACACCACUGCCGGAACUGUGGUCAGAUCUUCUGUGCUACCUGCAGUAACUUCUUCAUAGCGAUCCCAAGAGAACAGCUCUACCAACCACAGAGGGUCUGCCAGCCUUGUCAUCAACGCCUAGAGGUCGACCUUCAUAGACACGAACACGCACUAGAGGGCAGCAGACAGAUGGGCACAGUACGCGACGGUUGAUGCAUCUGUCACUAGGUAGUCAGGAAUGUUUGCACUUUUCCUAGGAUGCAAUAUGUUAUUCAGAUGUUUAUCAAAGAUGGAAUAGAAGUAUAGAAGAUGUAUAUUUCAAGUGCAUUUCAUAUAUAAGGUAUUACCUAAGAUGUAAAGUUGUUUUUGAAAAUGUAUCUUACUUGUGGCCCAUGUUUCUCAUUCGCCAAAGUUCUAGGAAUUGUAUCUUAUGGGUAAUGACUUGGCAUGAGGUAUAGGGGAUAUCAUGUCAAACCUUGUGAACGCCCUCCUUCUCUUCUCCACACCAUUGACUAUUUGAAAUUUAUAAAUGGAAUGAUACGAUGUGGAAGUGUUGGGCUGGUUUCUCUGUAGCACAAGAGGGUUGCCAUUUAAUGACCAUAGCUAGUUGAUUUAGAGAUAGUUGCGCCAGUGUUAGUCACUUCUGAUUGGUCAGCCAUUCGGUGGAGAGCUAAAUAGUUCCCUCUAGUAGAUAUUAUACGCGGAUUGGAACUAUUUGGAGCUACGCGAUUGAACCUAUGCACGCACUUGCGUGUACAUACCCAUCAUGCACGUGAUACAACUAUCUUUCAAUGCACUAUGGAUAUGACAAAUUAUGAGAGGAGAAAGGGACGAACGUAAUUUCUGACUCUUAAUAACAUCCUUGUAGGAAUGUUCCCUUUUACUUCUGUUACAGUAUCCUGAUAUAUAAAUCUGUAUGAAACUUAAGUUCAGAGUACAAUGGUUAUAGCUAUUGAGAUAUGUUAAAGUCAUGCGAGUUAGCUUGGUGUAAUGAGCAGCAUGUAAUGAUGUAUGCACCUUUCUGUUUUCCCCACUUUAAUCUUCAAAAGUAUUAAAAGUGUUUGUAAAUACUCUCAUAAAAGUAAUAUAUAAACCUCUUUUCCCCAACGUUUUACCCAUUCAUUACUGAACGAAAUAACAUGUGAUAUUAUAAUCAUUUCCAAAGCAUGUAAAAUGAAAAUGAAAAACUGAACGAGAUUGGUGAUACAGAUCAAAAUCAGAAUGAGCAGUCCAUGACCUACUUCUCCAUCCCUUCACCCCACAAACUCUUAUUUUGCUUACUUUCUCAUUUAUCAAAAGAUAGACAUUUUAUGAAUUAGAACUAAAUAUGCUUGUGUAAACGCAGUCUAAGAAAUCUUCAAUCUUGUGUAGGCAGGUAGUUAAAAACUAGAUAUUGAGCUGCAUUUGUGCAAAUGAAAAGUGCCUUUAUUUAGAUUGUUGGCAUUAUAUUAAUGCUUAUCAAUUACUCUAGUUGGACCUUUUGGCAAAUGAGGAAGAUAAGUGAAUACUGAAGCGUAAACAAAAUGCUCUAUAGAUGUUAGGCAUGGCAGAGGAGAUGUAAGUUUAUACAAAUGUAGAAAGAUUCUAUUCUAGUAUAUAUUUGGAAUAAUAAUGCAGAAAGUGCUCUGUAUUUUGGGUAUAAAACUAUAGAUACACAGAAUUAAAAUAGUAUUCAAGAUAACUAGUUAGUUGUGAUCCUAUCCAUAAAAAAAACUUAGCCAAAUUAGAGUGAUGAGUUUUUAUUGUUGAUUAACUUUAAAAAAUACUGACCUUUUAGGAAUUGUUACAUGUAAACCAAGUAAAUUGUAAGAUCAAUCCUGUAAUUAUGUGAUAGUGAAAUAAAUGAUUUUAUGCCAAGAAAAUGCCACCCUUCAUCAUCAUUUAAAAAAUUCUAAGAUAUAUCUGAAAUAUUCUAACUAAAUGUUCAUUUUGAAGGGGAACAAAAAUUAUAAUUUAUCACACUAAUUUUGAAGAAUUAGCACGUAGGGUCAAGAAGUCUGUCUGUCUUUAUGUAUUUGUUGUUGUAGAAAUGUAGUAUAUACAUGUAGUGGAUGAUUUUGAUACAUAAAUCAUAAAAAUCGAUAAUCCGUUUAAAAUAGCUUACAUUAAUGCAGUGUGUGGACUAGUCAAAUGAAAACAUGUAUCUAUUUAAUCUUUACAUAUUAUGCGCAAAAUAGUUAAAACCAUGAUACAAACCUGGAAAUAUUUAUAAAGAAUUUGUCCUAUAAUUUGUCUAAUAUUCUAACAUGUAUGUGUUGUCUGUUGAGAGCCAGGAGGGUUGAAACUCAUGGCGCUUUACAUUGAAUUAACUCCCCUCUAGCCCUCAGCCGAUGGUAUGUGAUGGUAUUAAUCUGUUUUUCAGUUAUCACAGAAGUUUGCUGGAUAUUUAUCAGUUCUUAUGGAAAGUGGUUACCUCACUAUAUUCAUCACAUAAGCCAUCUCUCCUAAAUAAAACUGCCAAUCCACAAGCAGAAAUGAAGUAAAUGUUUUAAACACGUCUAACCCCUCCUCUGCACGGAUGCACUGGUAGAAGCUUGUACUUGAUACCCUCUACUCUAGAAACAAAACAAGGAAUCUUGUAUAGAAUAUGGUUAAAUUUGGAAACUCGACAAAGUACACUUUUUACAUCUUGUAUUAUGUGCAUGUAUUAUAUAUACAAACGGUAUUACUUCAUUUGCAGCUGUUGGCAUAGCAAUGCACAUCAAAUUAAUUUCAUUUUCAGGAAGCAGGUACAGUCAAACCUGUCUAUAGCGACCGCCCAAGGGAGACAUAAAAAAUGGUCGUUGUAGACAGGUGGUCUUUGUAGACAGGUUCCUUUAGUACAUGUUUCAAAGAGAAAAUAUUUUCAAGGAAAACACAAAAUUUGGUCUUUGUAGAAGGGUGGUCACUAAAGCAGUUUUGACUGUGAUUGUACAAAGAUUGCAUCUUCUCUGAUUAAAGAUCUGUGUAGGAUACAGCCCUCUCUCCCCCCACAAAAACAUUCACAAACACUCGCCUCCAUCUUACAUUAAUAUCUUCUAACCUAGUGUUUCGUUUCUGCUUGAUCACACUGCUUCGAUCAGACUGGGUCAAAAAGCGAAUGAGAAAUAAAAAUUGCUAUUAAGACCAAGAAACUUGAAGGUACUGAUAAUCUAUACUGUAAUAUAUACUGGCCAAGUGAUGGAAUGCUAAUGUAUCAUAGUCAAAAUUGAUAUUCCCAUUUCUCCCAGAGUUCUCAUAUCAACUGCAAUGUAACCUUAAAUGAAAAGGUGAUAUAUAUUAUGAUAUGCAUGUAUAUUCUUAUAUACUGAAAGGCCUAUCUAUACCCAUGUCUAUGGUAUCUAUUCUACAAUGUGAUAUUACCAAUAGCAGCUCCUGGUAUUAUCUAUGAAUUCAUAUAUCAUUAAAUAUCUGUGUGUGAAUUAGCCGUAAUGUAAUCGUUUCCUACUCUUAUAAUAUCCCAUGGACUCUUUUAAGCAGAGCAAUUUAAUACUGUAUGGAAAGACCGUAGUAUAAAAAGAUUUAUUUUCUUUGUUAUUUACAGUGUGUUGCUAUAACAAUUGUAAUUAAAGCGUUGAUUUGCUUAACCUGUUUAUAAAAUUAUGUGAUAUAUGCCCCAAGAUUCAUUUAAUUGUAAAUGUUAGAGAUUUGUAAACAAGUGUUAAUUUAAUAUUAUUUGUUCUUGUUUGAUAAUCAUCCCAUGAAUAUAUUGUGAUUGUGCGAAUAAAUUACAAUUGUAUUUGUCAUGGUAAUUAAACAAUCUUCUGUUAAUUUAGUAAACCUGUUCACAUGCAAAUGGAUAAUUCCUAUAUUGGACUCUAUUCUUUUUAUUAAAUUGCAAGUAUUGCAUUUCCUCAGCUCUCAGUAAAUAAUUUAUUUAGAUUUCUCAUGACCUAUUGAUUAUCUUUCAUAUUGUAUUUACCUUAUUUUUGUUUCUGUCUUGUGUUUUUUGAGGUAAUUAAUGCAUGGCUCUCAAAGGACAGCCAGGUUUUAAAAGAACUUACUUCAUGUAUAAAAGCUCUGCCACUAUAAACAUCCUUCUGCUGUACAUUUGAAAUUUUUUAGGAAAAAAUAAACAACUACUGAAAAAACAGAAUCCUUUGCAUGUUAUAAACUUUCGCGAGGGGUUCUGAUUUUUAAACCUGCAUACCGCAAAGUAAUAGAAUGACAAGUGACACAACUGAGUUUUUGCAAUUCACGAAAGCUCCUCUCUGCAAAAGUAGCUAUUUACAAUUCACACAUUAUUCUGGUUUGACAGCAAGUCAAGAUGCUCCACUGUCGUCUAUUUGGAGCAUGUUGUUUGUGUGGUCACAUUCUUCCAGUCCAUUGUUGUCUUGAGCAUUGUAUUCUUCGAGGAUAAAAUGUGUCUUAUUGUGAACUUUUAAUUGCUAGACAUAAAUAUUUCCUUUUUAAAUAUUUAAAUUCCAUUUUGUUUUCAGUAUCUAAUACAUCAAAAUCUCAUUUUUCACCUAUUUUGUGACCUUAUUCAACUUACUAUUCAUGAUUUAUGAAAAUAUUGUGUUUUGAAACUUGAACGUUAUUUCCACAUAUCAGACAAUCUCCCAAAUUUUGUUUGCAAUGUUUUUCUUAAGAGUUUUAUACACAACCUCAUUUAUGGUUGCGAUUAGAGACAUAUUGUAGAAUACCUAAGCAUAUUGUUACAUUAAGAAUUUUUUUUUUUUUUUUUUUAGCCAUAACAGACAUUUGUUCCAUUGUAUAACUGCAGUUUUAGAUAUAUCCAGAGAUAAACAUUCUUUUGCAAAAGUAGCUUUGUUAUUUUGUGAACAUUGUACGUAAUAUUAGGGAAAUUUCUGAUCUUUGGUAAAAUAUCAAAUUUUAUUUUGUGCAAAACAUGUAUCUGCUAAAUUGCUAUAAGAAAAUAAGUAUUUGAUGAUGGAUGACCAUCUUUGUUUACAAGGGACUUUAUACAUAUGUAGUACCUAAACAGGUAAAUUUGAUUUGAUCAAAGGAUUUCUUUGUUAUUGAUAGCAUCCAUAUUUCUCCAUGCUUGUUAUUAUGUAUGCUAGUCUAAAUUUAUAGCAAUGUUUCAUUUUCGUUUUCACAAAGAAACAAUGGUAUCUUCUUGCAGAGCAAAAACUUUAAAACAUUUGAAUAUACACUUGUUGUUAUUCCUGGGGAUAUUAGCAAUUUUGACAAAAAUAAAGGCUUACCUUUUCAGCUUUUUAUGCAUAAAAUGCAUAAAUAUUGAUCUAUAUAUAUAUUAUGGUUUCUUUUGAAAUUAAAGACAGAUUUAGCAGUGUACAAUUAUUUUUAAAUUUUGUUUUUCACCUGUAUGUAAAUGUAUGUAUGUAUGUAAGAUUGAUAUAAGAAUAUUAAAUGUGUAUUAUCCAUAUUCAAAUUUUCUGUUAAUAAAAAGUAUGAAGCGAAAUAGCAAAUAUGUUGAAA